GACAGUAAAGUUGCGGGCAGUGAAACCUUUAGUAACUCGCCGAUCGCCAUUGUGUCCGUUCACGUCGGAAAAAUGCAACUCAAUUAUUUAUAGAAAAAAAAAAAGAAAUAAUAAUGAAUUUAUUGUCUAUUUUCCACUUUAAUGGAACCAUAAAAAUAAAAUUCUGGUGAAUUUAAUUAAAAAUCAAGAGGAAAAAAAUAUUUUUUUUAAUUACAAAGAUGACAUCCGAACGGUAUCACAAGGCAGCUCGCGAUAGCAAUUUAGAAAUUUUGAAGGAAUCGACAAGAAAAGAUUGCAAUGCCAGAGAUGAUGGGGGAAUGACUCCUACACUAUGGGCAGCUUUCGAAGGAAAUAUAGACGCACUUCGACUUCUUGUUGCCAGAGGGGGUGAUCCAGACAAAGCUGAUUAUUUUGGUAAUACUGCUCUCCAUCUGGCAGCAGCACGUGGUCAUGAAUUUUGUGUUCGAUUUUUGGUGAAAUUUGGUUGUAAUAUUUGGUCAUUGGAUAUCGAUAGACAUUCAGCACGUGAAUUAGCAGCAAUCAAUGGCUGGGAGAAAAUAUUACAAUUUCUCGAUCUUGCCCAAGCCGAUCAGGAAAUGAAUAAAAAGAGUAAAAUUCUAAAAGCAAAGGCCGAAAAGGACGCGGAAAAAAGACUAAAGGAAUACGUGAAGAGGCAAAAAAUUGCUGAAAUCAAAGCGGAGAAGGAACAAAAAAAGUUAUUGAAAGAUCGAGCGAAAAUUGACACGGAGUCAACGAAUGACAAUGUUCUUCCCCACAGACCAAGUAUUUUAACUUUUAAAGGACGAGUUAAGCCAUCGCCGACUUACAGUGAUAUUGUAGGCACAGGAACUGGCACCAAGAGGCAAGGAAGCGCAGUUCAUCGAAAAGCCCUAGCGAGAAAGGCUGUAGAUGAUUUUAAAGUCGUCGAGAUUGAAGUGGACGGAAAGAAAUCGGUGAGAAGUUUGACGGGCCUCAGACGAGAUUCAGAAGUGAUGUAUGUGGGAACGUAUGAAACAAAUUCUCAACAACAAAACGGAAGGAGGGGGAAAAUUUCUGACGUUUGGGGCACGUUAAGUAAAGCUCAGAGUACACCGGAUUUGCUUGGUGACAGAAAAUACGAAGCCGAUGCAGAAGAUGACGAGGAGUCAACGAACAUUGUGGGAGAGACGUUUCUUCUACAAGAACCAGCGAGUAUCUUCAAUCGACCAGGUUUUGGAUCGGUGGCCUUCCGCAGAUCGGUGACAGCGACUCUCGAAAAUUUACCCGUAACUCAGGUGGAAAUUCAUCACGAGCCAAAUGGCGAUCGAGUUAGAAAUGGUUCGACCAGGGGGUCAAUAAACAGUCAAAAAAACGACGCAAAUUAUAGUCACAAUGAAGAAAUCAGUAUUGGCAGCGCGGGGAGUUUGGCCAGAAGGCAAAACAUCUGGGAUGACGAAUUAUUAUCUGAUGAUGAUGAAGUAGACUGGACGCCUUUGCAGAGAUUUUUGGCCGUCAGUAAUUUAUCCUCGAUUCACUCAAUUCUAGAGGCGGAACAAAUUGAUUUAGAAGCACUUCUGCUUUUAACAGAAAAUGAUAUCUCAGCAUUGAAACUUCCACUUGGACCUAGAAGAAAAUUAUUAGUGGCGAUUGCAAAUCACAAAGAAAGCCACGACAAUCAAAAUGCCAUUAUAGACAGUAGAUUAUAAAAUCAACAAAAACUAUAUAUUCGAAAAUAUCGCAAUUAUUUACAAAUUUAGAGCACUUUUCAUAAAUUUUU